ACAGCCGACACAUUACCCGGAAGUUGUUAGCAGCGUUAGCUUGUUGCUCGUUAGCAGCGUUAGCUUGUUGUGUGGGUGUGUGAGGUGAACCUCUGAGGCUCUGCAGCAACAAUGUCUUCAGCUCAGUCUCUGAGAGAGUUUAUCAGAGAGCGGCUAACUGCUGCUGCAGCAGAAAUAUUCUCCGAGUUUGAACAAACCAUCGUCCGCUACGAGGAAGAGAUCGAUCGUCAGCGCAGACUGCUGGAGAUCAGCUGGAAACCACAGAUCAACUUACACAGAAUAGAACUCCCACUGCAUGAUGUCAGGAAAGAUGAGGAGGUUCUGACUGACCAGCAGCUCUGGAACCAGGAGACGACCUCCAGUUUGGACCAGGAACAACCAGAACCUUUACAGGAGGGACCAGAACCUCCACAGAUGAAAGUGGAGCAGGAUGAGUCAGAACCUUUACAGGUUCUAGAACAAGAGGAGCUCUGCAUGAGUCAGGAUGAAGAGCAGCUUGUACUGAAGCAGGAGACGGUGACCUCCCUUGUGACUCCUGCUGAUGAGGACAGAGACCACCAUGGACCAGAACCAGACAGACACCAGCUCCUUUUGUCACUGCUUCCUGAGGCCGAGAUCAGAGCUGCUGCUCCAGGGUCCACAGAACUUCCUCAGCAUCAUGUCUGGGAAAAGGAGGAGAUUCUGACUGACCAUCAGCUCUCUAAGCUGGAGAUGUCAUCCAGUUUGGACCAGAUGGAACCAGAACCUCCACUGACCAACAAGCAACAGCAGGAUAGGCAGUUCCUUCUGAAGCAGGAAAAUGUUACCUUCAUGGUGACUUCUCCUCCAGAAGAAACAGACAGCUGUGAACCAGAACCAAACAGGAGCCACAGUUCACAGUGUCACAGUUCUGCUGGAGCUGAGAACCAAGAUCAGGAUGGAUGCUGGAAUCAAAACUCUGAACCAAGCAGCCAUGAAGAUUUGACACAAAAUAAAA